AUGGACCCAGUCAGCAUCGGCUACGGUGUGCUGUCAACUUCCUUCAAGGAGAUUAUGGCUCUACAUCAAUCAUACGUUGCUGCUAGGGGAAAUCGUGAAGACUUAGAGAGGCUCGCGAAAUUAAUUGAAGACUCAGUAAAUGAAAUGAAAGCGGUUCUGCCCAGCGAAGAAGUAGCCCAAGGUGCUACACUGUUUCAUUUGAUAGAAAACCUAGAUGCUUCGCGUAUCAACUGUCUUGAGCUGGUACCCUCUGAAGAUUCGUCGAAUAGGUUUGAGAGGAUUCGGAACAGGAUUCGGACUUGGAUGCGUGGCAAAGAGUUGAACCGACGACUGAACCAGAUUCGACAUGAGAUGGAAAGCUAUCAUGACGUCUUUCAGACUUCUUCUCUUGCGAGAACCGAGAGAAUGGUUGAGGCAGUAGCUCGCAAAUUAAACAUCAGCGACGUUGUCGAUACCUCAGUAGUUAGCACUGAGCUGACUACCACGGCCGACAACAUAGGCUCGGAGAUAACAGUGUCAACUCAGAUAUCUACACAGUCUCAUACGCUCAGCCCAGAUGAUAUCUCCUAUGUUUUCCUUCUCGAUCAACUCAACAACAUCAAUACAUAUUUGAACCAAAUGUUCUCUGGCCAAGGAUUGUCAUUUUCACUCGAUGCAUUCCCGCCAUCACAGCUAUUACAUCUACCACCAACCUCUAACACGGUGUUUUGCAACAUGUUUGACAGGAAACUUAUCGAGAGACAAGUUAUUGCAUUAGCACUUGAUGUGCAGGCAAGCUUGUCUGGACAUCGUAAACCUGCAUCAUUCCAGUCUAGCUCUCAGAAUAUCGCCAAUCUCUGCUAUGGGUUAUGUCGACUCGGACUUUACUCACAGGCCAUCACUAUUGCAGUCUGGGCAGUCAAUUUGUGUAGAGCGUGGGCGGAAACAGAUUCAACCAUAUACCACCGCUACCUUCCAGCGAGUUUACGACUUCUAUCCGAGAUUUACCUCUAUUCUGGGAGUGAUAAUCUCAGCAACGCAGAAGAUACCAUCAAUGACGCCAUAUUCAUCGGUAGGAAGUUACUGACUGGUGACCCAUCUAACGACGCGGAAGUGAAUGCAUUGCUUGGGACAUUGCUUCUACAACUGUCCUGCAUCAUGCUUGCAAAGGAUAAACUCGAGGCAUCAUCGAACUUUGCCAACGAUACCAUUACUGUCUACGAGAACAUCGUUACCAAGGACCAGGAUGUGUCCGAAGGUAACGUUUCCUCCCCAAUUACGGAAACAACGGCGCUCAGCCUGCGUUCUCGUGAAGACGGUGCUUUAUGUCGCUACGUCCAUGCUAUGAUCCAUUCAAGUAUGUUUUUCUGGAGCACCCACCAAUUCGAGCGGGUAUUCAAGACUGCUGUCAAGGCCCUGGACAUGCUACUCCAGGGAAGCCAGCAUACGCUAUGCGAUCAAUGCAACGGCACACAUCAAAUCUCCGUCUUUCUCUCUCAACUUUGCAGCGACGAAGUCAUGUCUCUCAAUCUCCUGGACGAGUAUAAAUAUCUAGAGUAUGCACAGAACUGUGUGAAAGAACUCAGGGUAUUUCAUAAGCAAAGCGAAGACAGGGAUUUUCGGGGCGAACUGUGUACUGCCCUCAAGAUAGAGGCGCAAUUCUUGAAAAAUCUCAAACAAUACGACGCCGCCAUAUCCGACUGGAAAGAGAUAUCUACUCUAGCUUAUGCAGAUACCUUUGAGGAUCAUGUGUUUCGCUCGGAGGCACUUUUCUCACUGGUCACGACGUUGAGCAGCCUCGCAAGAUAUGAAGAAGCUGCAACAUAUGGGACUCAGCUAGCAUCACUCCUCCGAGACACGUCGAGAGGACCUUCUGGCCUGGUGGCAGAGCAGUAUUUCGACAAUGGAAUGAAUUAUUUCCAAGCUGGAAUGUACCCCGAGGCAAGUAGAGAGCUUCAAGAGUGCCUCCUGCAACUCCGUAUGUUGGUUUCCACCACGGACGAGAAUGUAUAUCACACCCCAAUCACUGUCGGAGUGGUUCUCAACCGACUUGUUCACAUCCAAUUCCAUAACAAGGAAUACGCCAAAGCAUUCCAAUACGGGGGAGAAGCGCUCAGGUUCUUUUCAGUAACUAUGAAAUCCAAGCCAACUCAGGCUUCUCACUACGUCGAUUGCUUGACAUUGAACUUCAAACUGACAGUGGUCGUUGAUCUGGAACAAAGCAUUCGCCUAGAACGGACCCAGACCUGUCUGGAACACGCUCAGAGGUUGGCGGAGCAGUACCCAGACAAAUACUCUAUGGUGUACAUCGACAGCAUCAACCAUCAUACAAAGGUCCUUAUGUCGUUGGAUCGCUUAGAGGAUGCAUUAACAUCCAUUCAGCAUGGUCUUUCUUGGUUCAAUCGUCAUCCAGCUGAGGCCCCAGAUGAGGUUGUAUGUUACAUCAAAACCCUCACUUCGUAUUCCAAUGUGCUCCAUGUGAUGAGUGCUCCAGGACGUAAAGAUAUCCCGACGCCAUUGGACGCUCUUGACAAGGCCAUUGAAAUCGGAAGCUGUCAUCCAACAAACGAUGACAUAUAUGAAGAGCUCAUAAUGGCCAUGAACCAACGAGUUGUUAUCCUCGGUGAUCUCGGUCGAUACGCGGAAGCCUCCAUAGCGAGCAAGAAAUACGAGACUUUUGCUCGCAUGCACUUUGAAGAGCACCAUCACGAGUACAUAUCCUGUCUUCAGCAUUGUGCUUUGGCAUCCAGAAACACGGGUGACUACGAUGCUGCACUAGGUUAUAUAUCAGAAGCCCUGCAAUUAUCACUCUCAUGUGGAGACGGAUGCGGAAAUUCUGAAAGAGGCGAUAUUUAUCUCUUUCUAUCUCAUGUUCUCGGCGACGUGGGUAAUGAUAUCGAGGCGGCUCAAACUUCAGAAAGACUAUUAAAGUCGAUUCAAUCUCUCGAAGACUCAGAAGAGGCAUAUCAUCAACCAAGGUAUAUCAAUGCCUUGGAAGUCCAUGCUAUGCACAAAGCUUCCAAGGGCCUUGUUUCAGACGCGUUGGAAGCAAUCCAAAAGGUGCGGGUAUACUAUGAGGCAAGGACGGCAAAGAGACGCAGCUCAUUCCCGUCGCUUGCACGUGCACUCUAUCUGGAGAGCACAUUCAACUGCGCUCUGGGGAAACACGAGGAAGGGAUCUCUCUCAAUGCCAAAUUCAAGGAACUGGAACUCAUUGUCAGCCGUGAGCAACCCGAAAUCGCUAAACGAGCACGCCGAUAUGUGGACAAAUAUCUGACAUUUCCUUCCACGAUUUCAAUGCUAAGCAAACUUAACAUCACCUGUAAUCAUCACUCAUUAUAG